AUGUCAGCCCGUUUUAGAGAGAUUUCGGCUCGAUGUGAUGAAUUAGAAGUUCUCUAUGAAAUAGCAUAUGAGAUAGAGAGAGUAGCAUUGCAGAAGUGGAAGCUAUUGUUUAAGCUGAUUAUAAAUUUGAACAUUUGUACUGGAAAGGAUCA